GUAGAUUAAAAAAAACUGCAGAACUGGGCUAGAGACAUGUAAAACCGCAAACAUUUACAUAUGCGAAAAAGAACAGGUUUGCUUAGCUGAUUGUACAUCCAUGUAAUAAAUACAUGAUAGUUGACUAGUAGUUCAGUCGUUUGUUCAACGUCGUCUAAUAAUCAUGUAUAAUCCGCAAGAGCAAGAAAUUGACUUGGUCCGUGAAUAUUUUCCCAGCUAUCAUACUGCUAGAUUUCAAGAUCGGCCGGAGCCCAAUGUAGCUGUACAAGAAAAUUUUCUGCUCGUAAGCUCCCAACACUCACAAGAGCUGGCAUCCACAGCUGACAUUAAGGUUCACAAUUUGCGCUAUGGCGGCACGGAUGAUAGACAACUAGUUGAUGUUUUUUAUAAAGACGGCACAUCGGAGCAGCCGUCGCCUCUAUUUGUUUACGUCCAUGGCGGCUAUUGGCAAAUGCUCGAUAAAUCGCAUUCCUGUUCUAUUGUUGGGCCUCUAGUGCGUCGUGGCUAUCGCGUCGCCGUCAUGGACUACAACAACUGCCCACAGGUGACGCUGCCUCAGCUGCUGCAGCAGUUUACCAACUUUUUGCUAUGGAUUUUCAAUUAUGCUGAGGAAACGAAAACCACUGAAAUUAGUUUUGCGGGUCAUUCAGCUGGUGCACACCUUCUCGCACAACUGCUACAUGUUCCAUCAUUAAUUUCCGAGGAACGACGGCAAAAAGUGCGUGUCGUAUUCUUUAUAUCUGGCGUUUAUGAUUUGCGCGAACUUUGGCAACUCGAUCCUGUGAAUCCCAAUAACAUCUUCGGUCUUACUACUGAGAGUGCCACGGAGCUGUCGCCCAUAUUGUGGCCAUGGCCAGCUGAUAGUCCAUCCUGGUCCGGUGUCCAGUUGCAUGUAAUAGCCGCAGAACACGAGAGCGUCACGUUCAUUGAGCAAAGUCGCGUUUUUGCCAAGAAUUUAGAGGAGGCUGGAUUUAACGUAAUUUUUAAGCUGUUCGAUAAGUACGAUCACUUCGAUAUUAUCGAAGAAACCGUAAUCGACAACUCACGCAUAACUAGCUAUCUGCUUGGCGCGAUGCAGGCGGAGCCUUAAACGAAGUUUAAAGCUUGACAAUUCGAUAAUCUCGAUAGUUUUGAUAACAAAGAGUUGUCAUUGAACAGGCAGCGCGAGAAUUUAAAAAAUAGCAAAUGGGAAAGGAAAAACAGUUGAAGGUAAUUUGAUUUUUUCAUUUUAUUUCUUAUGUCAUUAGUGUUUUUUUAAAACAUACACUUAAAUGUAAUAGUAGUUGCAUUUCAUAUGUACACUAUCUAAGCGUUUUUUUGCGCACUAAAAAAGUUACAGUUAUAGCACAGCAUCCACAAAGUGCUGCAUAAUUAAUGGAAACUAAAUUUAAAU